AUGUCUUCGUCGUUAAAACCAUCUACAAUCGCGGCCAUCAGCGCCGGCACUGUCGUUACAGGCCUCCUCGCGUACGCCGUCUACUUCGACCACAAACGACGAAACGAUCCCGAAUUCCGCAAACAGCUCAAGCGCGAAUCAAAGCGGACACAGCGCGCGGCAAAGGAAGAGGCCGAGGCGCAUGGCGCGGAGCAGAAGAAGGCCAUCCGGGAGGCUGUAGCCGCCGCGAACGAGGAGGGCUUCCCCAAGGAUCCUGAAGAGGUAGAGGCAUAUUUCAUGCAGGAGGUCGCACAGGGAGAGGGCAUGGUACAGAAAGGCGCAGAUAAUGUGGAGGCAGCUCUCUGCUUCUACCGUGCAUUGAAGGUCUACCCAAACCCAAGAGAGCUGAUCAACAUCUACGACAAGACUGUUCCCAAGCCCGUCCUCGACAUCCUCGCUGAGAUGAUCGCUGUAGACACGUCGAUCCCAGUCGGCGGCGACAAGACACCAUCCGAGGCCGGAUCAGUAGGAGGAAUCGAGUAA